CUAGAGUCCAAUCAACGGUUACUUAAGAUUAAACAUAAUUAAAAAAAUAAUAAUUAAUAAGAUAAGGCUAAUCGUUAAAAAACAUUAAACGAUCUGUUUAACUGUAAUGUUGUUAAUGUGCUCGUAAACGGGAAACAUUGAAAUGUUUUCGAGUUAUAUACAUAUAACUAUAUUAUUCGGUCUACUGUUCAAUGCGAUACACAGCUAUGUUCUGCUCCAAGUCCGCAAAACAGACAACCAGUCAAACGUGGACGCGCUCAUCCACAAGGCCGUCCCGCCGAAGCAAUUCCAAAAAAUCGCAAACACAGCGAGAAAACAGUUCAAGAACUACAAACAGUUCAAAAUAAAAAGCGACCCCAACGACAAGGAGUUGGAGAGCGUGAUAUUCGCGAUAAAGACGAACGCUGACGUCAAGAGACGCCACAACGGCCCGGAGUAUGCCAUGGUGUUUGACGACUUGAAGAAGAAGUUUCUGGAUUUUUUCAAUCUACCCGACAAAAACGAUAUUCCAAAUUUGAGAGCUAAAUUGCAGAAGUAUGACAUAAAGCCGCAGUUAGUAAAUUUCAGGGAUGGUAACGGAAAGCCGUCUCUGAUGUACGAGGUGGAGGCGAAGUCAGUGCUGGAUACUAUAAAAGAUACUAUCACCUCGAAGAAAUUCAACAAAAUCGCAAACAAACUAGCACAAAAAGCCGGUCUGAUUUUGCGCACACUCAACGAGGAAUUGAAUAAAAAUUAAAUGCAC